UAAUGUUUCUUAAUUAUCUGUAGUUUUCAGCAGAACUUGGCUGCAUAUCAGAACCUAAUAACACAGUCCAUGUAUGACAAGCAACUGGAUAGCGGAAGGGGUACUCUUCUUCACUUGUGUGAUGAUGUGAUUCAACAGGAGGUCAAGGAGGUGAUACUUUCUUUCUAUAUAUUAAUGGAACAGGGAAAAGCUACAAGAGAAGAUCUGGAUAGGUGGUAUGAGGAACUCAUUAAAGAAGAGUUUGGUGCCAGCUGUAAUUUUGAUGUGGAUGAUGCAGUUGGGAAGUUGGAGAAAUUGGGAAUUGUCUCUCGGGAUUCCGUUGGACGGUAUUUCUGCGUUGGGCUGAAACAUGCGAAUGAAAUAAUUGGGACCACCACUGAGAAGCUUGUUAUGAGGGCAAAACAAGGCACACAAGGCAGUAGUUCUUGAUGCUGUCUUGGGAAGUUGGGCGGCUUCUUUCUUAACUUUACUAGAGGGUGUUUAUUUCUUGGGGCAGGUGCUAGACCAUCAUCAAUCCUCUUUGAUGGAAGAUUAUCCUCAAAUAUUUCGUUGCUUGUUAAUAUCUCUAAUUCUUUGAGUGUGGCUUUUCUUCCCUAUUUUAUGUAUUUAGAAGUGUGGAUGUAGCCGAGCUAGCUAGGUUCCACAAUCCACAAUCCAGUUGAAGACUUAAAAG